AAGAAAGAAAAAGGAACCGCCCAAAAUUCCACUCCCACUCCCACUCCUCCUUGUUUCCAUGCUCUCUCUGCUUUUGUGUGUUCCGUACACGAAUUUCUGACACAUCAACGUCCCUUCAAUUCAUCCAUGUCCCACUCCCUCCUGCGAAUUUUUAAUUUGCUCCAUCUCCAUGAACACUUCGAAUCAAAUUAAAUUAGACACCAUCAUCAAUCGUGGGACUUAAAUCAUGGUAUAUAAUUAAACCCCCCAACCUCUAGUUUUUCUUUAAUCUUUUUAUACAUGUUAAUCCAACCAAACUAUCCCCCAAAAUCAAUUUCCCAAGAAGGGCUUUGGUAGUAGAUAAAGAAUUUCAACCAUCAUGUACUAUAGCUUUCCUAACACGAGUUAAUCGUCCAUCACCUCAAGCCCUCAACUAUCGGACCUAAUAAGAAAUUAUCCUUGGUUUAUAAAUAUAUCGGUCGAUAGACUGAAAUGAAAAUGUUAUACACUGUCUCCAAAUAACAAUCCUGAAUAUGAUCAAAAAUCAAAUGUCAAUCUAACUCAACACGCUUCGUUUGUUUAUGUUGAACAUAUCAUGCCAAAAAGGAGCCCGUAUCAACCUGCUAAGUAACCUGCUGCGGCUGUGCUGGGUAUGUAAGCAUUGUUGCAAGGAAUAUUUGCGGAUCACGCAAGAACUUAUUUUGAUAUUGACAGCUAUAUAGACAACAAAGUAUGCGGCCAAAUACACUAUCGAUUGAGUGAGUCCAUUUAAAUCUUACAUGACUAUCAUGUCCAUAUUUUGGUAAAUGGACUGAGUGUAAAAUUGAAUGAUAUAUAUUAAUGGGUCCAAAGCAUUGUAGUUGCUUGUCGUGUAUAUGGAAAGAAGAGUUUGUGUCUAAAAUUACUGCCUUUUCUGCCGAUGGACAGUACCAAUCCUAUAGAGAGUAAGUGGCCAUGGUUCAUACAACAAAUUCACUCUUAUAGAGAGGGGAAAAUAUAAACUCGACUCACAGUUCAUACCAAAAUAAGGUAGUAAUUUUCGUUUUGUGAUGCGUAGAAGCAAAUAAGAUAGAGUUGGGGAAAUAGAUCAUAUCGUUUGAAAAAUUAUAAAUCAUAACAAAUCGUACAGUUCGAUUCGGAUCGAAAAUCGUAAAAAAUGAUUUAUUUUGAUCCAUAGUCUGUAACUCUGUAUCACAUCUUCUCCUUCAUUCACAAAUCACAGUAUGUUGGAGAGCAGGGGAGAAGAUAACAUCUCCAAACAUUAUUAUGUUAAUGUUUAUGAAGUUAUGGUGAAAGUUUGGUUGUUUUGAAAUUGUCUUUGUUAUUUAUUUGGUUUUAGAAUACCAAAAUUACGCAUGUGGGUUGGAAUUUAGGUUUUUAUGUUUUCUCGAUUAUUGGUUUGAUUUUGGUGUGAUGGUCCAAACAAACUUUGAUUUUUUCUCAACGUGGUAUGUCUGGUCUGGACAAUAUCGAACCAAACCAUACAGGUGUGAUCUGGUCUAACCAUGUAUUUGCUCUGAUCUCUACUCUAAUCCCUUGGUCUAGACAUUAAACCGUAUUAUAUAAUUGGGUGAACCAGAUCACACUGUUUGCCUACCCAAAUGCGCUAGAGAUCAUGUUAAGCGGUGAACUUGUGUAAGGAUAUAAUAUGAACUGCUAUUGCUUAGUAAGAAAAUGCAGAAUCCCCCUGAUACGGAAGUGAUGAUGCGGAUUUGUGUGGAUUUGACGCGCGCAUCGAUCCCACUUGGCUUGGCUGAUCAGAUCAGGUACAGCUACAGCUACAGCUACAGCAGGGAUGAUUAUGCCCUCAAGCUGUGUUUUUGUUUUUGUACUGGAUCGAUCCAGUGGGUCACAGAGCGGCUUAAUUUUAUUCGGGCAUUGGGCCAAGAAUUUACGUGGAUAUUGAUGAUUGAGCGGGACAUUGUGUCAACCUUAUUAAUUUCUAAGAUCUCAUCGGCAUUGGCGUGGAACCUAUGACUACGACCGACCAUAAAAAUUGCGGAUGAGUUGGUGUAUUUCUUUUAAACUUUUUUUUUUUAUCUUUGUUCAUUUUGUUAGUAAAAUGGUAUAAAAUUCAUUAUCGAACUUCUCCCAAUACUCUAAUUAUUGAGAUCAGAUGGCUCUUACAUGGUGGUUUCACAACCUUUUGUGAUAGAGAGGUCUUUUGUUUGAAUCCCAAUAACCCUCAUUGGUAAGCACAUGGUGUAUGAUCCUUAUGUAAAUUUCAAGCGUAUAUGAGUGUCUUUCAUUUUAGGGUCAUGUUAGUAAAAUUGUAUAAAAUUCAUUAUUGAACCUCUCCCAAUAACUCGUAUUAUUGACAUAAUAAGAAUCUCAAAACACCCAGAUAUUAAUGGUUGUUUUAUAUAGUAGAUACUAAGGGAGAACAUAUAUAUGCAAACUUCAAACUCAUCUUUCGGAGUAAAGAGGAUUCAUUAUGUUUGAAACUGAACAAAGAUUAAACCAAAAAGAAAACAAAGCGGGCUAAGUAAUAGGGCUGGCUAUUUGGUCUCAGACUGUUUGAUUUUACCCGAAACCGGACCGUAUAACCCGGACCGGGACCGGACUGGGACCGGAUAGCAAACAAUGCAAUCUCAUAUUCGGGCUUAGAUUUGAGGUAAAAAACUGGAUAAAGACCGGAUAAGAGACCUCCAACACUUAAAAUCAAGAUAAAAUUGGGACCGGACCGGAUCAAGACCGGACUGUAUCCAAUCCAAUCUUUGGUCCUUAUAUUCCCGAAAAGACCGGACUGGGACCGGAUCAAUUUGGUCCCAUUUAACCGGACCGGACCGUAUAGCCACCCCUACUAAGUAAACAAUGAAGCUGGGGUGAAACCCUAGGGAUAGUAAUAAAAAAAAAAAGAGAGGUAGGUAGCCCGCGGUCUACGCCCUAGCUGUUUGGUAAUUGUAUACAUAGUGGGGAUUCAAGAGGAAGCUUGUUAAAUGAAAAGGGAGUUACUAUUUGUCGCCCUAAAAUUUCAAAUUUUGAAGAGCCACAGACCGCGCCAAUGAAACAGAAGAGGUUGGUUGAUGCAAGGCCUCUGUCAAUUGAACUGAUGAUGAUCCCACCACCACCAGUAUUCAGUACUACCACUGAUCGGUGACCUUUUCCUCCUCGUAUCAAUCUAUCCUUUUAAUCCCUCUGUCGAAGAAAAUGCUUGCUGUGGACGAAACUACUGCUGCAAGCAAAUCGCCCUAAAAAGAAAGAGAGAAAGGGAUUUAACCUUCCAAUUACAGGCCCCAGUUCCAAAUGUAGCAACUCACAAUUGAAUUGGAGCUUGCAGUAAUGGGGAGGAGGGUGGUAGUAGGAGGCGCUUCAAUGUCAAUGCAGUAUUCACAUCAUAUACGACAGCGCGACGCAAGGAAAUGGUUAAGAUCUAUACAUAAAUUUCUCCUAAUAAUUCGCGUACGCAAGGAAAUGGUUAAAAUCUAUACAUAAAGUUCUCUUAAUAAUUCGAGUUAUAGAUACGUUAAGAUAAACCCCAUGAACUAUCUUGUUGAUUACUCCUCAUUAUGUUAUAUAUUCCCCUCUGCAAAAGCUCCUGCCACAGAGAGUUAUAACUCAAGAAAUAUAUAGCUCAACCUUCUCUGACAGACCACCACAUACCUUUCUCCAUUACUUAAUUUUUUUUUAUUAUUUUCAGCUUAUAUAUUGAUAUGCUCUUCAUUAUUUGUCUAGUAUAUAUAUUAACAUCCAGUUGAGCAACGCCAAAAUAUAAUUAGUCUGUGAUGAUGGCGGAAUACUAAUGAUCAUGUGGUAAGAGUGGACCGGAUGCGGAUGGAGUGCUGAAGGAGGCGUUUUUUUAGUCUGGGAAAACAUUAUCUGGGGCCUGGAGGACGUGAUGAUGAGGAUAGUUUGGUCACACAAGCUUUGUUUUUUCGGUAAAACGUACAAAUGACUUUUGUUUUGUUAUUUAAUUAAUCCUAUAAUAAUAAUAAUAAUAAUAAUAAUAAUAAUAAUAAUAAUAAUAAUAAUAAUAAUAAUAAUAAUAAUAAUAACAUAUAGGAUUCAAAGAAUAUCAAAACCAUAUCAUAGACGACCCAAUAGUAUAGAAUAGAUUGGAUGGAUGUUAGAGGGCAAAUUGUGUCUCUAUUGGACCAUCAAUGUGUAGAAGCAAUGAUAAGAAUGUGUGUUCUAUAGGGCUGGCUAUUUGGUACGGGUUUUUUGGUUUUAUCCGAAACUGGACCGUAUAACUCAGACCGGGACCGGAUAGCAAAGAAUCCAAUCCAAUCUUUGAGCUUAGAUUUGAGGUAAAAAAAUCGUUCGAGACCGGAUAAAAAACUAGAAAAAGACCGGAUAAGAGAACUCAACACCCAAACUUAAUGGUAAUUAGCAUAAAUGGUCACAAACCUUUGCACUUAGUACAAAACUUAACUAACUCCUCACCCUUUCAGGCCUUAGGCCACUCAAAUCCCCACAAACUCAAUAUAAAAUCAAGACCGAAUUGGGAUCGGACUGGGUCAAGACCGGACCAGAUCAAAACCGGAUUGUAUCCAAUGAUUCCAAUCCAAUCUUUGGUCCUUAUAUUUUCGAAAAGACCUGACUGGACAGGAUCAAUUUGGACAAUUUAAUCGGAUCGAACCGUAUAGCCACCCCAUGUUCCAAGAAAGAGGUAUAUGGUUUUUUUUGGAAAUCUUGGUCCAAUCUGGUGCCGUGUUGGGAUGGAGAAGUUGUAGAUGUUUUUCCUUCUUCUCCUCCUCCUUAAUUUUGUGUUGUGUGGGGUUGAAUGAGAGCGGUGGUGGGAGUAAAAAAAAAGGGGGUGACCUAGGAUUACGAUGUGUAACUGUUGUGGGUCUCUCCAAUCUUUCACUAUCUGUCUGUAACUGACACAUACAUAAUAAAUCUCUCUCUCUCUCUCUCUCUCUCUCUUUCUCAAGUCUCACCCCACAAACCAGACCAGACUCCCCGGCCCUUUCUUCUCUCUGUUUUCCAUUCAUUACUCACAGUAAGUAAGUAAGAGUAACAAGCAAGCACUGCCCAUCUCUUCUCCUCCACCAAUACCUUACCAUCUGGUUUUAGGAGGGAGAGAGAGCAGAUUGGGUGGUCGGCUUUUUGGGUAUUUAUACCCCCGACUUCCUUUCCCCAACCUAAACAAAUACAGUACUCCUCCUUCCUUCCUUCCUUCCUUCCUUCCGUUCCGUCCUUCCUCUCUCAAUCACCCAAACCCUACCCUUCUCCCACCCUCCAUCCUUGUGUGGGAAGACAAGAUCUGUUCUUUUCCCUUCCCUUUUCCCCUUUACUUCCGAUCCUCUUGUUUGAUGCGAUGGGGUUAGGGUUAGGGUUCCAUUAAAGGGUAGCUAGCUAGCUAUUUUCUCCAUCUUCCCUUUGAGCCUGCAGCCAGGGGUGUAGAUGCAUGAUACAUCCUUCCCGGUUACAGCUGCUGCAGCUAGCCAGUGUUUGCGGGUGGAGCAUCAUCAAGAUUCACAAGCUCCCUGGUUCAGUCUAAGAUAUCAUUCAUAUUACUAAACCAAAUCAAAUGGAAGCCCUCAAUUUGCUACCAUUUUCCCAGCUAGCUAGCUCGUACUAAUUUUUUUUUUUUAUUAUUUAUGCUGCUUUCCCCCACAUUUACAGUGCCCUUCUCUCCUUUUCUUUUGGUGGGUCUUCUUGUUUAGGAAUAAUAGCAGCUGGUAGGUAGCAAGGUAUCUUAGUACAAGACCAAACUUGGGAAUCUUGAUGAUGCUGCAGCGGCGAAUCACUGGCUUAAAUAUAUAUUAUUGUUAUUAUUAAUUAACAACGUUACAAAAACAAAUUCCCUUGUCCUUUUACCCUAUUAUUAAUCUUUUCUCCUUCCUUGUAUCAGUCAGUCAGUCCAGUCCACCCACCACCGAAAGCAGCUCAAGGUAAGAGGAAAACCUGCACGAUAUAUGGUGGUUUUGGCUGGGUAUGUACAAAGCUAAUUAGUUAUCAUUUGUUCAGUACUAGGGUUUUGUGAAGCUUCUCUCUCUCUCUCUCUCUCUCUCUCUCUAUCUGCAGUAUUAUAUAUUUGGAGCGGGGUAAUUAACAUCUUUAACUUUGUUUAUUAAUAAUCCGAUAUAUAUAAAGUUUCUGCAAUCUGGAUCUAAGACGACUCUCUCUUUUCCUGUCCCUUUAAUUUUUUGGUUUGUUUAGAUUGGAGUGGAGUGGAUGAUCAGAUGAAGGGUUUGUUUGGAGCAACCUAGCUAACUAACUUGUUUCUGUUGCUGGUCCAGCUGCUGACAGCCACCACCACCCUCACCACCAGGUUUAUGUGUCUGUACCUUUUUUUUUUCUACUUAUUACUUGCUUCCUUUUUCCAUCGAUAAAUGGGUGACUGAGUAGUUCCCGUACUAUUUGUUUUGCUGCGAGCCAACAUUUGUGUUUCUCUAGCUGUAAAAAAUGGGCCUCUUUUCUUUCUUUCUUUCUUUCUGUUUGUUUUAACCUUUUAUCCUUUUUCGAUAUUUGUUUCUCUUUUAGCAGCAGCAUAAAGUGAAUUUAUUAUUCUGAGGGAGGGCAGUUUAGGGUAUUUUCGUUUCAGAGGAGAAUCAUAUUCAUAUGCAUACGCCCAGUUGUUGUUGUUGUUGUUGUUGUUGUUGUACAUGGAAAUCAACUGAUGGAAUCGUGUGAACUAGAUCUGCAAUGUGUCUAGUCGUCACUAUAUCUAAUUUUUGUUGUGAACUAUGUUUCCCUGAGUAGUAAAGUUUUCAGCUACUGUGUAAAACCUGGCUGCUGGUGGCAGCCAGCUACCCUGCAGGUUAUAGUAAUUUAAACAGCACGAGCACGACGAGAAUGCAGCACAGUAGCAUAUAUGAAAGAGGCGGCGCUUGCUUGCUUGCUACGUGGGGAGUACUUGAGACACAGACAGUAAUACGUACUGGCUGGAGAUGAUUAGGGUUUGUUAGAUUCCACGAUGGACAAAUUCAUCAAGCGCAUGUGUUUUCCCCCCCGCCUGCAGAGAGGGAAAUGAAAUGAUCAUGUUUAACAAGAGAUUCCCUCUUCUGAUUGAUUGAGGCCUCCCAUCUAAUCUGUAUUUAUAUAUAAGUCAAAACUGUACUUUGCUAUAGCUAUGAAGAAGAAGGGCUCUUCGUCUCUUUUUCUCUUCUUUUAAUUGAUUGCAAUCUAGUGUCCAAUGGUUAAAAGAGGAGUAGCUGGUCUGGUGUGAUCAUCUAGCUGCAAACAGAUACGCAGAUCAUGUGCAGACAUAUAUGACAAGAGAUGUGUUGGGAUGGAGGCUUUUUCUUUCUUUCUUUCUUUCUUGGAUCUGUUGCCGUGAUCAUCAUCGAUCGUAACUAUGUUGAUUUCAUUGAAGUUUACGUUUCAUGUUCAUUCAGUUACAUAGUGGCAGUGCUUUAUACAUGGUUUAACUUUCUGACCAGCACCGUACGUAAUCACUAAUCACCACGUGCUAGUUUCAACCUCGGCGAGCAAGUAACAAGCUGAGUAGCCCGUAAAAAAAUUUCAUGUCGUUGGUUUUUUUUUAUUUUUUUUACAAAAUGUAUCAUAUAUAGAUUAGAAAAUAUAAAUCAGUACAUCCUGGAAUUCAACCAGAUAGCAAAAUCAAAGGAACGACAAGUAGACGGGUACAAUGUGAGGACCCUUUUAGAUUUUAGCCACCAAAUGAACUACCCUAUUACUA